UCUUUCUCUAUUCUCAUUCUUCUCUCCUCUCUCUUUCUCUCUCCCUCUUCUCUCUUUCUCUCGGUCUGUUUCUCCCCUGAUCUAGACAACCAACUAGUAUGCUUGAAUGUCCAGAGACAGGGAUAGAUUUGAUGAAAUAGGAAAGAAGAUCAAAAGAGAUACAGAUUUAUCUUCUGAAAUGGGAAGGAGACAUAUAUUAACUCCUGGGAUUUUAAACACUGUUACACCUUGUGCUGCUUGCAAAUUAUUGAGAAGAAAGUGUGCUGAAGAGUGUCCUUUCUCUCCAUAUUUCUCUCCUCAUGAACCCCAGAAAUUUGCAGCUGUUCACAAAGUCUUUGGUGCAAGCAAUGUCUCCAAGAUGCUAAUGGAAGUACCUGAAAGCCAGAGAGCUGAUACAGCAAAUAGUCUAGUCUAUGAAGCAAAUUUGAGGCUAAGAGAUCCAGUGUAUGGCUGCAUGGGUGCAAUUUCAGCUCUACAACAACAAAUUCAAUCUUUGCAAGAAGAAAUCAAUUCAAUAAGAUCUGAGAUAAUCAAGCAUAAAUAUAGAGAGGCCAAUACUAGUAUCAUUUCUUCUACUGAACAUCACCAUCCUGCUGCUCUAGUUUCUUCUGGGACUUUGUCUUCAAUUGUUGUACCACAAAAUAUUCCUCCACUGUCUCCUGCUCCGCCUCCUCCUCCACCUCCACCUCCACCUCCACCACCACCACCACCACUAUCUGCUCCUUCUUCUAUUGUCGUUUCUUCAUCUUCUUCAUCUUCUAUUUCUUCUCUGUACACACCACCAACGAGUUCAACUGGUUACAGCUCCAUUUCCAGUGAUAAUGUUCCAUAUUUUGACUAAUUUAAUAAAUCAUAAUUAAGUUCAUCAUUUUCUA